CGCCAUUUGCAUAGAGUCACUUCUGGGGUGAUUGUAGAAUAUCCUAAAAAUGUACAUUCAAGAAAGAAGAUGCUGAAGAAGACGUGUUUAUAACUUUGGAGAUACAGACGAGCUGACUUCUUGAAAUAUCAACAAUCUCAUGGUCUUGUUCACUCAAAUUUAGAUUUAAAAGAUGUCUGUGAUUAUUCGACUUCAAGGCCUGCCAUGGUCAGCCAGUGCAUUAGAUAUUCGCAACUUCUUCCAAGGCUUACAGGUACCGCCGGGAGGGGUUCACAUCAUUGGAGGUGAGAAGGGAGAUGCCUUCAUUGCAUUCAGCACUGACGAAGAUGCAAGACAAGCCAUGAUGAAGACAUUUCAAAGCCUGAAUGGAUCGCCUGUACAGCUCUUGUUGAGUAGUAAAACAGAGAUGCAAAACGUCAUAGAGGCAGCUAGAACAGGGCAGUCUGUAGAUCAACCAGCAGAACCAUCCAUUAAGCCCCUCCCAGUUGAGCCAACAAGACAAUAUGAUGAUCCAUACACCAGGGGCCUGUCCUCUAAUGAUAACCGGGGUGGUGUGCGAGAUGAGUAUCCUAAGUAUGGUGGCCCAGAUGCUCAACAAGGAAUGUAUGGAAACGAACAAGGUUAUAAAGAUAACUAUCAGAAUCGUCCUUCUCAAGAUGCCUGGGGUCAAGGGGGACAAGCUAGAUACCCUGAAGGUGGCUACCCACCCCCCGACAAUAGAGCUCCAUAUGGAGCUGGGGGUAGGGAUUCACCAAGAGAUGGGCCACCCAGGGAUGCCUUUCAGAGGGAUACGUUUCAGAGGGAUGCCUUUCAGAGGGAUGCGCCACCAUUUGGAGCAAGAAACCAAGGCAUGCCCAAUGACAGAUAUCAAGAUCCUUUCAUGCAAAACCAGCUUCCUGAUCAGCAAUAUGUAGCCCCGUUUAAUGGGCCACCGGUUUUAGAGCAAGCACCUAUUAGGGCCAACCAAGAAACUCCUUUUACCGUGAAUGAACCAACACCUCCUAUGGACAGAAAACCAGAUUUUCGCAGACCUGAUCACCGAGAUUUCAGGCGGGGUCCAGAAGGGAGAGAGGGGAGGGAAGGAAGAGAUGGAAGGGACGGAAGGGACGGAAGGGAAGAUCGGGAUGGACGAGGUAGUAGAGAAGGCAGAGAUAGGGAGAGUCGGGAGGGAAGAGAUGGGCGUGACAGAAGAGACAGGUCAGACCGAGACAGAUCUGAUCGAGACCGAUCAGACAGAGAUAGAAGUAGGUCAGACAGGUCUGAUAGAAAUGAUCGUUCAGAAAGAUCAGAACGUUCUGAUAGGUCAGACAGAUCUGAUCGAUCUGAUAGGAGACAAGACAGAGACCGAGACAGAAGGGAUCAUUCAGAAUCAAGACGCGAUUCAAGAGAACCAAGAGAGAGAUCUGAAAAGUCAGGUUUUGAUCAAAGAAGUUCUCCAAUGUCAAGAGGAUCUGCAAGGCAGCCUGAUGAUGUAAGAAUUCCAUCUGGAAGGCCUGCGCAAGACCAGUUUGUAAAACCAGAGGGACCUUUUGAUGGGAAUGCUCCGCCAUUUACUCAGCCACCUGAUUCAUUCCCUCCAAAUGAACCAAGACAGUUCCCUCUACGAGAAAGGGGAAUGGACAGACCUAGAGAGAGAUUUGAGCCAGAUAUGUCAAAACCAUCCCGAUUUGGAAUGGAAGAAAGACGUCCACCCACAAGGUUUGAUGAAAAAUCAGAUCCUGAUUUUAGACCUGACCAUCGAGGACCUCCCGAUGGUCCAAGAGGAGGUCAUCCACCUAUGUUCCGAGAUCAAGGAAAUGGCUUUGACAGGAAUAACAGGGCACCAGAUCCUGAUUUCCGUGGUGGCCCACCCAUUGAUCAAGGAUUUCCACAAAGACCACCACAACCAAUGCUACCACAGGGGAGAGGCAGACCGAUUGAAGGGGGACCACCAGGAAUGAGAUCAGCUAGCUUCCAUGAUGAUGGUUACCAAAGAGGACCAGGUGAAUACCCAAAAUACCCACCUGAAGAAGAAAACAUGAAUGCUCCUUGGGAAAUGGAAGCAAGAUUCCCACCAAACAAUGGUCCAGGUGGUCCUCCAGUGAGAUCUGUACUUCAAGAUUUCCCUGAGAAACGAUCUGUAAACGGUGGACAGAAAGGACUUCUUGGCGAUGCUCCUGCAAUGUUUACUCCAAGAUUACAAUUGGAUAGACCUGAUAUGGGGAUGGAACAUGAUGUCAGAGAUAUGAACCAGAGGCCUUUUAUGCCUGAUAGGUCAGGCCCUGGUCAAUUCCGAGACCAGUUUGGGAGACACGGUGAUCACCAAGACUUCAGAAAUAAUGACGACUUUGAGGGGCGAACCAAGUUUAGAGGUAGAGAUAUGCCUCCAAGACUGAACAGAGAUUCUCAGGAGCGAGGUCCUCUUCGUCCAUUUAUGCCUGAUAAUGAACGCCGUCGACCUGAUUGGAUUCCUGAUGGAGGUCAUGAUGGCAGAUGGCCAGAUGAUGGCUCCUCAAGAGGCCCACCUGGCAGGCCAAUGGAGCGAGACAUGCAUGAUCACAAGGAAGGAUACGAGCCCAGGGGACCUUUUCCACCGAGGGAAAGACCUGUAAUGGAUGAUCAGAACAGGAAGAGACCAAGACAGCCAGACACAGGGAAUGUCUAUAUCCAUAUCAAGAAUUUGCCAUACACUGUUUCUUACAGUAGUGUGCGACGAUUUUUUGCUGGUUGUGAAAUUCCAUUUGAUGGUCUGAAACUGAUCAAUAACGACCAGGGCAAAAGAAAUGGGACUGCCUAUGUUAGAUUUACGAAUGAGGAUUCAAGCUUUAGUGCCCUUAAACGAAAUGGAAUGGACAUGAAUGGAAGGACAAUAAUUGUGCACCGAUGUUCUGUUGCAGAGUUUGAAAAGGCUAUUGAUUCAUUUGUACCAGAUGAGGACGAGGAUGAAACGGAACCAUCAAAACGACCAAGGUCUGAUGAACCUGAGGGACCACCUGGUUCUCUUAUUAUGCCUGCUGCUGGUGAACCUUUCAUUGUCAAGAUUUGUAACCUCCCACUUAAUGUUUCUGUUGAUGAUGUCAAGAAGUUAUUUGCUGGUGUUGGAAUAAUUGACAAUAGCUUAUCAGUGUUUAUGGAUUACGACACAAAAGGCAUGUUUACUGGAACAGCUUGUGUUGAAGUUGGAACUGCAGAUCACUACAAGACAGCCAUGGGAUUUGAAGGUCAUCACAUGGGCUCUAGAAUUCUGCGUGUCACUAUGGGAACGAAAGACGAAAGAGAAAAAGCUAAGUCAUCUGAAUCAAAUUGUGAUGUCAAGUCACAGCAAUCUCCACAUCAGGGUGACAAGAAAGAUGGUGAAAAGGGACAAGGUGAUGGGGAUUAUCCCUAUGUUUGUAUUCAUAUGGUGGGCUUGCCUACGCAAGCAACAUACAGAGAACUUCGUGAACUUGUCACUGGCUUGGAUGUUGCUCAACGUGGUGUGCAGAUUUGUCACGAUGGGUUAGGGAAUGCAACUGGAGAAGGAUUUGUUGAAUUUACAAAUAAAAGUGACUGUAAAGAAUCUUUGAAGCGGGAUCAGCAAAUGAUAGGACCUAAUGUCAUAACAAUUAAACCCAUAUUGAAGUCGGAAAUGAUCACCAGACUUAGGAAUGCAAGAAGUCUCAACACCAACCGACCGCCCGGAGGUCCUGGAGGUCCUGGAGGACCCGGAGGACCUGGGAUGAAUCCCGGCCCUCCAGCGAAUGUCAAACCUAUACCACCAGGCGUGCUGAAGAGGCAGUGGGUGUACCUAAGAUGUUCUAAUCUCCCUCUUCAAGUGACAAUUCGUGAGCUCUUGGGAUUUUUCCACCAAUACAACCCUGUGCCCGAGUCAAUCCGUCUUCACUACACAGGGGAUGGAAACCCAACAGGUAAUGCUGUUGUUGGAUUUCCUACUAAGGAUGAAGCAUCUAAAGCAAUGGCUGACCUGAAUGGAACCAUGUGUCGUCGAAACAACGUUGUCAUCCAGCCAGCCAACUCGUAACAGAAGCACUGGUAGGUACCCCUUCAUAAGGUAUUGAAACCUCUUGAAGAUAUAUAAACAGCAAUUAAGACAUUGACUGUCAUAUGUUUUGACUUAGGGACAUUGUCCUUGACAGCAAGUCCGCGUUGUUGCAGUAAUAGUUGGAGGUAGUUUGAAUCCAGCCAUUCACAGAGACGACAUAGAAAUUGUCAAGAAGUGCUAUUAUGAAGAGAGAAAUUGACCCCUCACCAAGUCAGAUUCGUCCAGAACAGCUCAUCGGAAGAUGCACACCAUCUCUUCAUCAACACUUCGAACACAGAAUCAGACAGCGGGUCAUUUCAUGUCAGUUCCAGUCACCAAGAUGGUGAAUGGAAGUCAAGAAGAAACAGAUCAUUACAUUACUGCUGACAAUAAUUAAUACACGCCAGUUAGAGAUGUUUCAAAUUGAAUUACCUAAUGUUCACUGUAUUAUUUCAAAACGACAGAACACAUUUCUUCAAAUUAAGUGUGGUUAUGCAACGUUAAAGGAACGCUGUGUUGGUGUUACUUAACCUCAAUCAAGUGUGACGAUGCUGAAUUGAAAACUGUUUUAGACGUUGUUAACCAAAUGUUCAUUGACUUGUUAAAUAUUCCUUUGUUUUAAGUCUGAUGUUUUAUAUAACGAUUGGUGAUAUUUGAUUUUAUAACCGAUUUGUAAAUUUGUAAGCAACCUUUGAGGUUCAAACAACACAAACGAGGCUAUGAUUUGUACUGUGUACAAUGGUAAAGAGCGAUGACGGAAGCUUCUCCAAAUACACAAUGGCAACCAUUGGACUUCGUGCAGUUACAUUACGCACCAAACGUCUUGAGGAAAUAAGCUCACGAGACUAACGGAAAGGUACAUUCAACAUGAAUUAUAAAUCUCAAAUUUAUGAAACCCAGAGGAUCACAUAACUAUGGUCAGCUCUUUCCAUUUGGCUGCCUUUCUUUUCGUCCGUCGUCCGUCGUUUGAUGUCUUCGCAACGACGUUUCUCGCGUGAAAGUUGCCGUGGACUGAGAAUAUAUAAAAGACGUCAAGUACUAUGCACUACAAAUUUCAAACUUUCCAUCAGUAUAUGAGUAAAGAUGUAAAAUUCAUGUUUUACAUUUGCAAAGCUAUUUGAAAAUGUUAAUGGCACAGUUACUGAUUCAUGUGUUGCCUGGGGCGGUCGGGUAGCCUAGUGGUUAAAGCGUUCGCUCGUCACGUCGAAGACCCGGGUUCGAUUCGCGACAUGGGUACAAUGUGUGAAGCCCCUUUCUGGUGUCCCCCGCCGUGAUAUUGCUGGAAUAUUGCUAAAAGCGGCGUAAAACCGUACUCACCCACUCACUCAUGUGUUGCUUUAAAAAGUUGCAAGUGCUACCGAGAAGGCAACACAUACAUGCUUACACCAAAGUGACCGACACUGGCAAAUGGGAGUGAGUGUCGCAACCAGAGAAGUUGAAAGCGAGAGUAGAAACAUCUUUAUGAAGUGCCCUUUCCGUCUUGUGAUGUCUGACCUUCGAACCAGGUUUCUGAGAAUACAUGUAAAUGAUCUGAUGAUUCUAGUAGAGGAACAAACAAUCUGUCAAUAUAUCCUCGUUUUUUAAAGAUACAUCAAGAUGAUUUUAAACGCGUGAUAAAAUUUAUUGCAGUUUUAUAGUAUAUUCCAUAUUCGCAAUCCCUGAACCCAUUGUUUUCGAUCAUGGAGUGAAAUAGAAACGUUGUCUGGCCAAUGUUAUUGAAAAGCAAAACUGUCUCGCAUCAUUGAAUUUUUCAUUAUUUCAUUUUACGUCUUCAUUUGCGACUCUGAUCCUUAUGUUUCUUUUGGUCCAGAAUAAGCUAGUAUAUUCAUACAAUUUUGGUAUAAAGAUUCUGCAGCCAGAACCUUCACAGGUCUCAUGAUGUUACUGCAAUUGCAUAAGAAGUAAACAACUAUUACAAUUCUGGUUCUCGACAUACUACUCAAAAGAAUAUAAGGACCACCCGAUUCUUCUGUCGCUAUAGUUAAUCGGUAAUUCCAUGACAGAUUACUAUAGUAAUGUGAAGGAAUCAGAUGGCCCUUAACUUCUUUCGUGUAGUAUAUUUUGUCAACCUGCCACAAACCAGCAACCCUACAUAAAAUGUGUUUCUAUUUUAUGAAUAUGUCCAAGAAGGAAAUCGACGUUGAUCAAGUAAUGCAUAUACAUGUAUGUCCUAAAUACUGACACACUCAGCUUGGCCGUUUCUGCAAUGGAGGUCAACAGAUUUCAGGCAUCGUUCUUGAGCAGGUAAUAUUGUCGUCUGCUGCUCUCCACGUGCUGAUAUCCCAGCAAUGUUGUCAUCAUCUGCUUUGUAAAUACAUUUCAUAAUGACAGUAUGUUGAGUUACAUGGGAUGUUUUGUAGUGUUGGCACAGUGCACCCUAUUAUCAUUUCAUCAUGUACAGGAUUUAGUUUCAUAAAAAUUGUGUUCGUGAAGCUUCAGAAAAGACAUUGAUUCUUGCAGCUUGUUCUGAUUAAAAUUUUGCGGAAAUCAUUA